CAAUGAACAAAGCAUAAACCAGAAACACAGAUCUCCGCUCGAAACAAUUUCAAAAGUUUACAACUUUCAAACAUCUCCGAACUGUUUGAUCCACCCCCCAAAAAAAAGGGAAAGAAAAAACACAACCCCACUCGGCAAAUUAUCAGUUUUAUCCAAACUCACAAAUGUAUGUAUUAAAAUUUGGCAUAAAAGUAAUUUUUUGUAUUGGGCUCUUGUCAAGAAUUGGAGAAUGCAUGAGGUUUGAUCUGACUUCGGGGAAAACAAAGUGCAUUUCAGAGGAUAUAAAGAGCAAUGCCAUGACUGUGGGAAAAUACAGCGUGGUGAAUCCUAAUGAAGGCAACCCUUUGCCUGAUAACCACAAGCUCACUGUUAAGGUUACAUCGCCUUAUGGGAGCUUUCAUCACCAGGCGGAUGAAGUGGAAUCAGGUAAUUAUGCAUUUACUGCAAGUGAAGCUGGUGACUAUAAUGCUUGCUUUUUUGUACCUGUCCACAACCCUCCUGUAACAGUGACUGUUGAAUUUGAUUGGAGAACUGGUGUUGCUUCUAAGGAUUGGUCUAAGGUUGCUAAGAAAGGCCAGGUUGAAUUGAUGGAACUGGAGUUGAAGAAGUUGUCUGACGCUGUCUCAUCCAUUCAUGACGAGAUGUUCUAUCUUCGUGAGAGGGAGGACGAAAUGCAACAGCUCAAUAGAGAAACAAAUUCCAGAAUGGCUAGUCUUGGUAUUCUUUCGCUGGUUGUUUGCCUAUCGGUUGCUGGAUUGCAGUUAUGGCAUUUGAAGACAUUCUUUGAGAGGAAGAAGCUCCUGUAGAUUUUCCAUGGAAGUUUUUGCAAUGUUGAUGGUUUUUCUUGCUUUGUUGUUGAACAGUCUUAUUCAUUUCAUUCUUCUCUCAAUGUUACAAUAGACAAGUUCUUCAAUUCAGCUUUAGUUUAUAUUGCUGAGAAGUUGAUACAGAAAA